CACUCUUUAUUCUUCCAUUUCUGCUUCCACCUUAAGAGAACCGACCCCAUUAAUGUCAGACACCUGUUUAUCUCUUCUUCUUCCUCCUCUCCCAUUUCUUCAUAAAUGCUCAUCACCUUCCUUUAUCUCUGCUUCAACUACCUCCAUUAUAGGCUAUAACUCAACUUCUUCCCAUUCCUGAGCCGGGUUUUUCCUGAAAGGAACAAACAAACUUCCUUAGACUUAGAUUCUUAUAAACACGGGUCAUCGCUGAAGAUUUCGGUCCACUAAUUCCAGGUUCUCCAUCUCUCUGCUCUAUCUUCUUUAUUUGUUCAUCUGGGUCUUUGUUUACUAGUGGGGUCCUGUAAAUCCACUCAAUGGGUAACAUUGUCUGGUUUCUUACACUAUUUCUAUCAUGGGUAUCCUUUAUUCCCGACAUCCACGGAUUACAAACGUUCCAAACUCAACUUCUUCUCCAAUUAAGGAAACAUUUGGAGUAUCCAUGGCCGUUGGACACUUGGGAAAACGAUAAUGGAGAAGAUGUGUGUAGAUUACCGGCAACUCAACAUAUGAGCAUAGUUUGUGAUGGAGAUUCAGUCACAGAGCUUAAAAUAAUGGGGGGGAGACUUUCAAAUGUAACGGAUUUUCAUGGAUUUGCAAUUCCAAACCAGACAUUAUCACAGAGUUUCUCAAUUGAUUCAUUUGUUACUACAUUAACUAGGCUAUCUUCUUUAAAGGUUCUUACUUUAGUGUCAUUAGGGAUCUGGGGUAAAUUACCUGAUAAAAUCCAUCGUUUAUCGUCGACUCUUGAAUUUCUCGACAUGAGUUCUAAUUUCCUUUAUGGGGAAAUCCCACCUGAGUUUUCUAGAUUGGUGAAUCUUCAAAGCUUGACAUUUGAUAGCAACUUCAUUAAUGAUACAGUUCCAGAAUGGUUAAGUUCUUUCUCAAACCUAACUUAUUUAAGCUUGAAGAACAAUAUGUUCAAAGGGGAAAUUCCAUCUUCAUUAUGCAAAAUGACAUCUCUUAAUACAAUUUCCUUUUCCCACAAUCAACUCUCCGGCAAAUUACCCGAUUUCGCCACGUUAACGAAUCUACACCUGUUGGAUUUGAGAGAGAAUCAGUUCGAUUCAGAACUCCCAUUGAUUCCCACAGGACUAACCACUCUUCUUCUCAGCAAGAACUCCAUCUCCGGUGAGAUUCCACCAUCAUUUGGAAAGCUCAAUCAGCUUCAACAUCUCGAUUUAUCUUACAAUUCUCUAACUGGAACGCCACUUUCAGCUUUAUUCUCGUUGCCCAACAUCAGUUAUCUCAACUUAGCGUCCAAUAAGCUAUCGGGUUCGUUUCCUGAUCGGUUAACCUGUGGAAAUGAACUUGGUUUCGUCGAUAUUUCUUCAAACAGAUUGAUGGGUUCACUUCCUAAUUGCCUUGGAAACAACAAAGUUGUGAAAUUUGAAUGGAAUUGUUUCUCUUUACAUACUCAACAACGACAGUAUCCAGAAUCGCACUGCAAAGUGGCUGAUAUUGAGAAGAAAAAAGCUUCUAAAUGGCGUUUAAUUGGCAUCAUUGGAGGUAUUGUUUUGUUAAUAUUAGUGUUGGCUCCAGCCAUUGUUCUUCUUCUGCAUAGAAGAAGGUUAUGUAUUCAGAAUCGGUCGAGCCAGCAUCAGAAUUAUAUGCAGGAAAACUCUGUUGCUGGGAUUUCAUCUGAACUACUUGCAAAUGCAAGAUUCAUUUCUCAAGCAUCAAAACUAGGAGCACAAGGUGCUCCAACUUAUAGGUCUUUCUCCUUUGAAGAAAUGGAAGAAGCCACCAACAAUUUCGAUAAGUCCACAUUCCUAGGAGAGGGUUCCCUCGGAAAGGUUUAUAAGGGAAGGCUAGAGAAUGGAACUUAUGUGGCCAUUCGAGUCUUAGCUCCAGCCCGAAAAUACUCAAUUCGCAACCUAAAGGUCCGUUUGGAUUUGCUUUCAAAGCUUCGCCAUCCAAACCUUGUCAGUCUGUUGGGCCAUUGCAUAGAUGGUUCUAACUCUCAAGAUGAUUCCAUCAUCAACAGAAUUUUCCUAGUACAAGAAUAUGUUCCAAACGGAAAUUUUCAUUCUCAUCUUUCAGAAACCUCUCCUGAGAAGGCACUUAUGUGGUCUGAUAGAUUAGCAAUUCUAAUUGGAGUGGCAAAGGCUGUGCAUUUUCUACAUACAGGAGUGCCUGCUUCGGUUAGUAAUAGGUUGAAGUCGAAUAACAUAUUGAUUGACGAACAUAGGAUUGCCAAACUCAGUGACUAUGGAAUGUCGAUCAUGACAGAAGAUUUUGAAAAACUUGAGGUAUCAUAUGAUUUAGUACUUUUACUUACUCCUAUGCAUAUGAGUAAGAUAGAAGACGAUGUAUACAAGUUCGGGUUCAUAUUACUUGAAUCGCUGGUCGGGCCAACUGCCAACGCUAAAGGAGAAGCAUUUUUGUUAAAUGAAAUGACAUCGUUUGGCAGCCAAAGCCACGAUGGGCGAGGAAAAAUAGUGGAUCCAAUCGUGUUAAGUACAAGCGUGCAAGAGUCACUAUCAAUAGUGAUAUCCAUCACGAACAAAUGCAUAUCACCUGAAUCGUCUGUUCGGCCUUCCUUCGAAGAUGUUCUUUGGAAUUUGCAGUACGCAGCGCAAGUCCAGGCUAGUGCAGACGCAGAUCAAAAGUCUGAUACUGCUUCCCAAUCAUAGCUAACACACAAAUUGCAAUAAUAUUUUGUAUGUUGUAACAUGUGUAAAUGACCCAUUCUUUCAUUACCAAUUAGUAUUUGUAUUAAUAGACUAUUUCUCAUAAUACAAACAAUAUAAAUACUGUUAUUGAACAUGUUAUUUAUUGAAUGAUUAGAACAAUCAACCA